GCGUUUCCCGCGCAUGCCGAGUGGCAGCACGUAACCGCGAAUAGCCGAUACGUACAACUGGCUUCGGUCUUCUCGCUCGUCGUUCCGGGAAGAGAAGAAAGAUGGGAGAUGCGUUGCCAGCGGGGGAACGGCUCUCCGUAGAUACAGAUGUCAGCUCGAAGUCGUUGGUACCGCGAAGAAGUGUGUACAAAUACAGGUGGGAGUCGUAUAUGCGUCAGCAACAGGUUGUCGAGUCGCGAGUACUUACGCGUUCUCGACGUUCGCUCGUUAGGUAUCCAGUGCAAGUGAAGUCGAAGAAAGCGAACGUUCUACGAAGAGCCGUACGAAUGGCUGCUUGAUAUCGCGGAGAAGGUGUGGACGAUACAGCGGACAACCGUUCGAUAGAAUGGAGAGGACACAGGGAACGACUUACGCGGAGGGAGACAAUCAUCUCUCGGAUUACUGGGAGCAGUAUCAGGAGAUGAUCGAGGAGACAAAAAUGUUGGACGAUUAUCUGGAAGAGGAAUGCCCUCGUACUUACGACGACGGAGAGGAGGAGGCCGAAUGGUUGCGCACCGCCGGACUGGGACAGCUGACCGAAGCGUGGAAAGUUGGCAAGGAAGUGCCGCCGGAGGAACUAGGAGCGGCUCUGCGUCCGUUGUCGCGGGCGCAAGCGGAGGCGGUGAAACGCAGGGUCAGGUCUCUGAAUCAUACGGUGAAACAACGCUUCAAUCAACGGCAACGCGUUCGCAAGCCCGACAUCAGGGACGUGUUUAAAGACGUCGAGGCGUCGAGCACGGGAACGAGAUCUCGCAGCGCUACGCCCGACUCCCUGGACUCUGUGGCGGGCACGAUGUCGGAGAACGCGUCGCCUCCUCCGCCUCCGGCUGCCGGCGUUCUCGAGCCGCACCACGCGAGCGUGGCCGUGCCGAGCUUCGUGUCGGUCUUUCAACACCGUGCCACGGCGAACGAGAGCAAAGAGACGGUACGCAGAACUCCGAGCGCACCGUCGGCCGCCGCGCCAGCACCGUCCACCCCUUCGUUGUCCGCACAGGAGAUCUUCAGGCGCGCCGGGAACUGGUUGCGAGGAGACGUCGCGAACGAUUCAGAGGGUAUACAGCUGACGGGCUAUCACAGAUUGGGCACGAUACACGCGUCGAGAGGAACCGCGCAAAGGAGGAGCGGCAGCGACCCCGACGAAACCGCGAGCGUGUCCGAUGCAACGGGAAACGAAGCCGGGGAGAAGCUCACCGGAAGCUCCAGCAAGGAUUCGACGUUGAGAAGGAGUUCGGCCGGUCACGCGACGGUGAGCCGAAGCCACAGCAGCCUCUACGGAUUGCACAGGCCGGCGGACGACGCUCUGAUCACGCGUCCCUUGAGUCGCACCUCGUCCCACGGGCAUUUGAGCUUCGAGGAGAUGUGCAAAGCCAACGAGGUCAAGUCGCAGGCGCGAAUCGGCAACGCGGACACUCUGGCGACCGACGACAUACAGAGGCGACUGGGAGUCGAGACGUUGUCGCAACGAGAUUUCACCAGAUUGCAACCGUUGCUGUGGCUCGAACUGACCGCCGUCUUUGACAAAUACAAUUUACCGUUGCAGAAACGCAAACCGAACAAGCGUCGAACGAAAGCUGGAAACUUGUUCGGCGUGUCGUUGUCCACUCUGCUGCUUCGAGACAGCCAACUGACAUCCGAGGAGAGCAAUAUUCCGCAGGUCUUCCAAAAAGUUCUGAGCGAGUUGACCAAACGCGGCGUCAGGGAAGAGGGAAUUCUUCGCGUCGGAGGACACAAGCAGAAAGUCGAGUCGAUAUGCGUGCAAUUGGAAACGGAUUUCUAUUGUAAACCGAAAGAGAUGGACAAAUUGUUCAGGCGCACGUCGUGUCACGAUCUGUCGGCGGUUCUGAAGAAAUUGCUGCGCGAUUUGCCGCAACCUUUGCUCACGGUCGAACUUAUCGACGCAUUCUACCAAAGCCACGGAGUAAAGGAUCGACGAGAGUUGUCGUACUCGUUGAAUUUGCUGGUGCUACUCUUACCGAUAGAACAUCGUUGUACCUUGAAAGCGCUAACGACGUUCUUGAAACUGGUCGUCGAGAAUCAGGCGUCGAACAAAAUGUCGAUCCAUAACGUUGCGAUGAUUGUCGCACCUUCUUUGUUUCCACCGCGGUACGUUCAUCCUCGCGACCGUACCGAUUUAACGGCCCAGGUUAACAUGGCUGCGAUAUGUUGCCGAGUGACGGAAGCUCUUCUCAGCAACGCGGAGAAACUAUGGUACGUACCGAACGAUCUUAUCAAUCAGUUGCACAGGCAGUCGGUGGAAGAGCGGUAUCGCAAGUACAAGAAAAAGUAUUACUAACGCGGUCGGCGAAUCCAAUCGGGCGUCGCUCUCCGUCGAGGAUCGACGUCGACGCGCGUAAACGACGCCUAGGCUACGCGUAGACGGUGCGCGAGGAAAUUUCAGGUGCAAAAGCAGAGAGAUGUUGCCCCGCGAGAGACGACACCACGACUACCUCGACGCGUAACGAGCGACGCGAGACCAACUUUUCCGGCUUUUGGCUGAAAUCGA